GCUCUUUCAGCCUGGCUUUUGUUGCUUACCUUCUUUUCUAUGACAAGAAUAGUGGCAUUAUGAGCUCUACCCGCGCCAUCGAGUCCAAUACCAUUGGAAAUAAUGCCCGGAUUUAUCAAGGCGAUGUGAUCCACAAUUACGCCAGUAACCCCCGCGAACCUUGUGUCCUAAUUCCUUUUCCCCGCAAUGAGGAGCUCAUCCCUCGUCAAGACCUUAUUAGCGAGCUAGAUAGAAUCCUGCCGCUAUCCGAAGACUACUCCACCGCCGCCCUCUAUGGUCUCGGCGGCUCAGGCAAAACCCAGAUUGCCCUCGAUUAUGCCUAUCGCCGGUGCCAAGUCCCCACCUGCUCCGUGUUCUGGGUCCAUGCCGACAACGAGACGACAUUCACCCAAGACUUCAAGUCGAUUGCGAAGAGGCUAGGCCUCCCAAGCAAUCUCGGUGGCGAGGAUCUCUUAAUGGCCGUACGUUACCGUAUCGAGACGAGCCCUCCCUGGGUUCUUAUUCUGGAUAAUGCGGAUAACUUGAGGCUCUUUGGUGUUGGCCAUACUGCACAAGAUGCUUUGAAUCUGGGAGAACAUGCAUUAAGCCUAGAUAAUUUCAUCCCACGAGGUCCAAGGGGCCAAGUUCUUUGGACGAGCCGCGACGAGCGCAUUGCUGGACAUCUUGUUGCUGCACGAAGGGCAAUCAAAGUCUCAAAUAUGACUCCAAAUGAGGCGAAAGAGCUGUUUGACAGUGUCAGAAAUAAUCAAGUGAGCAGCGAUGAGGCAAAAGAUAUUGCAGCACUUCUGGCCGAGCUUGACUGGCUGCCACUCGCUAUAUCGCAAGCUGCAGCAUAUAUAAGGAGGACCUUGACAACUCUUGAGGAAUACAUAUUGAAAUUGAAAGAGGGCAAGAAAAGAUGGAAGAUUCUAAAGCAAUCACAAACCGACCGUCAUCGGCGACGAGAGGUGUCAAACAGUGUUUUAGAGACCUGGAACAUUUCGAUGAAGCAUCUUCAGAUUGAAAACAAGACAUCAUAUCAGAUUUUGCACAUACACGCCUUUCUGGAUAACCAGAACAUCCCUUUUGAGUUGGUCAAGAAGGCAGCUCUUUACAGCGGCGACAGUAAUGUGCUGGAUCAUGUUCACGAAGCGCACGAUGAUGAUUCCUCAUCAGACUCUGAUAGUGAUGGUGAUCAAGUUACUGAAGCUAUCGCCCGUCUCUGUGACUUUUCAUUUUUAAGUGUACAGGCCACUGGAGAUGGAAAUCGCGCAUAUAAGGUGCACAAGCUAGUGCAAGAAGCGAUGCGGUAUGGAAUGGGUAGAAAGGAACGAAAGAAAGAGGAAAAGUAUUUCUCGGUCGCAGCACUUGAGAUUAUAUCCGGUCUCUUCCCGGUCAGUGAACCAGAGGUAUGGAACGAAUGCGAGAAGUACAUCACACACGCACAGCAGGCGUGUGAGUGGGCUACGCUCUGUGGAAGAGAGUUAACGGCCGCGAACUUAUUAGCAAGGCUGUCGUAUUAUCUAUACGAACGUGGAAGAUGGAGAGAGAGGGAGAUUGCGGACCAGAGGGCAUAUGGACUGCGGAAGGCGGCCUUAGGCGGUAGGCAUCUUGGUACGGUCGCAAGUAUGGCAAGGCUUGCAGUAACAUAUCAUGCACUUGGCAGGUAUGAAGAAGCAGAGGGAAUAUAUGUGGAAGUGCUCGCACUACGGCGGGAGAUUCUUGGCGAUAAGCAUCCUGAUACGAUCUGGAGUAUGGCAAGUCUUGCAGCGGCAUAUAAUGCACUUGGCAGGUAUAAAGAGGCAGAGGGAAUAUCAGUGGAAGCACUGGCACUACGGCGGGAGAUUCUUGGAGAUAAGCAUCCUAAUACAAUCAGGAGUAUGGCAGAUCUUGCGGCGGCAUAUCAUGCACUUGGCAAAUAUAAAGAGGCAAAGGGAAUAUAUGUGGAAGUGCUCGCACUACGGCAGGAGAUUCUUGGCGAUAAGCAUCCUGAUACGAUCGAGAGUAUGGCAAGUCUUGCGGCGGCAUAUCAUGCACUUGGCAGGUAUAAAGAGGCAGAGGGAAUAUCAGUGGAAGCACUGGCACUGCGGCGGGAGANCGGCGGGAGAUUCUUGGCGACAAGCAUCCUGAUACGAUCGAGAGUAUGGCAUCUCUUGCAAUAACAUAUCAUGAACUUGGCAGGUAUAAAGAGGCAGAGAGAAUAAAGGUAGAAGCACUAACACUACGGCGGGAGAUUCUUGGCGACAAGCAUCCUGAUACGAUCGAGAGUAUGGCAAGACUUGCAGCAACAUAUCAUGAACUUGGCAGGUAUGAAGAGGCAGAAGGAAUAUCAGUGGAAGUACUGGCACUACGGCGGGAGAUUCUUGGCGAUAAGCAUCCUGAUACAAUCGGGAGUAUGGCAGAUCUGGCAGCGACAUAUCGUGCACUGGGGAGGGAUGAAGAUGCAGCGAAGUUAGUUUAGGGUUAAAGUUAAGGUUAAGCUAGGUGCGUCAUUCUCGCGCUCUCAGGAUCUUAAUGCUCUGUAAUUGUAGAUAAAGCUGGUUGUUCGGAAUCAGGACUUAAAGUUCGUAUUUAGGAUCCAGUCACGUGCCAUCACAUGCAAGCUAUUAU